AUAACAAAAUGUUCCUCGAAGUUUAUGAAGACAGUGAUCUGAAGUUCCCUUGGAGGAUUUUCCUGGAUAAAAUCAGCUCUACUGUGAGCCUAGUGCAGAGUUCACCACAUCCUGUGGGAUCCGUGCCGUGGCCAGUGCGGAUCCGUGCCGUGGCCAGUGCGGAUCCGUGCCUCCUGCAGUAUCCUGUCCAUGGACCGCAAAACGUAGAAGUCGUCGAUAUUCGCUCCCGGCAGCUGACGUUGCAGUGGGAGCCCUUUGGUUACGCGGUGACCCGCUGCCACAGCUACAACCUCACAGUCCAGUACCAGUAUGUGUUUAACCAGCAAAAAUUUGAGGCAGAGGAACUCAUCCAAACUUCUUCCCACUACACCUUGCGAGGUCUUCGACCCUUCAUGACCAUCAGGCUGAGGUUAGCCCUCUCUAACCCGGAGGGAAAAAUGGAAAGUGAGGAGCUGGUUGUGCAGACUGAGGAAGAUGUUCCUGGACCUGUUCCCUUGGAAUCCAUCCAGGGGGGACCUUUUGAAGAGAAGAUCUAUGUUCAGUGGAAGCCUCCAAAUGAGACAAAUGGCAUCAUUACACUCUAUGAGAUUACAUACAAGGCCGUUGGGUCUCUGGAUCCCAGUGCUGACCUGUCCAGCCAAAGAGGGAAAGUCUUCAAACUAAGGAAUGAAACACAUCACCUCUUUGUAGGAUUAUACCCAGGGACUACGUAUUCAUUCACCAUCAAAGCCAGCACAGUCAAGGGCUUUGGGCCACCCAUCACAACACGGAUUGCAACUAAGAUUUCAGCCCCGUCGAUGCCGGAAUACGACACGGACUCCCCCCUGAAUGAGACUGACACCACCAUCACCGUUAUGCUGAAGCCUGCACAGUCCCGGGGAGCACCUGUCAGUGUCUAUCAGCUUGUUGUCAAGGAGGAGAAGCUGCAGAAAGCACGGAGAGCUGCAGACAUCGUUGAAUGCUUCUCUGUCCCAGUGAGCUACAAGAACGCUUCCAGUCUUGACUCACCACACUACUUUGCAGCCGAGCUGAAACCCAUCAACCUGCCCGUCACACAGCCGUUCACAGUGGGCGACAACAAAACCUACAACGGCUACUGGAACGCUCCUCUUUCUCCCCUGAAAAGCUACAGCAUAUACUUCCAGGCUCUUAGCAAGGCAAACGGAGAAACAAAAAUCAACUGUGUCCGGCUGGCAACAAAAGGAGCUUCCACACAGAAUUCCAAUGCAGUGGAACCAGAAAAACAAGUUGACAGCACGGUGAAGAUGGCCGGAGUUAUAGCUGGUCUUCUGAUGUUCGUUAUUAUCCUCUUGGGAGCAAUGCUUACCAUCAAGAGAAGAAGAAAUGCGUAUUCCUACUCCUAUUACCUGAAGCUAGCCAAGAAGCAGAAGGAGACUCAGACCAGCACGCAGAGGGAGAUGGGUCCCGUGGCUACUUCCGACAAGACCUCUACCAAACUCAGUGCUGUUCACAAUGAAGAAGCUUUUUCUUCCAGCUGCCAAGAUGUUAAUGGAUUCACAUCACCCUCUCCUUGUUCAUUUUCUGUCCAAAGCAAAACCCUUCAGAGCAAAUCUUUGUUGAAUUCCUACUACUCAGUAUCAUCAGACACUGUUCCAUCGACCACGCUGUUAGACAGCAGCCAUGGAGAGAUGACCCAGCCAACCCUGACGAUCCAGACCCACCCGUACCGGAGCUGCGAGCCGGUGGAAAUGUCCUACCCUCGGGGGCAGUUCCAGCCAGCCAUCCGAGUGGCCGACCUUCUGCAGCACAUCACCCAGAUGAAGCGAGGACAGGGCUAUGGAUUUAAAGAGGAGUAUGAGGCACUACCCGAGGGGCAGACGGCAUCCUGGGAUACAGCCAAGGAAGACGAAAACCGCAAUAAGAAUAGAUACGGAAACAUAAUCUCCUAUGAUCAUUCAAGAGUGAGAUUGCAACUGCUGGAUGGGGACCCUCACUCUGACUACAUAAACGCCAAUUACAUCGACGGAUACCACCGGCCUCGCCAUUACAUUGCAACUCAAGGGCCGAUGCAAGAGACGGUGAAGGAUUUCUGGAGGAUGAUUUGGCAAGAAAACUCUGCGAGUGUUGUCAUGGUCACCAACUUGGUGGAAGUGGGCAGGGUAAAGUGUGUUCGAUACUGGCCAGAUGACACAGAGGUCUAUGGAGAUAUUAAGGUCACAUUAAUUGAGACAGAACCAUUGGCAGAGUAUGUCAUACGCACAUUUACUGUGCAAAAGAAAGGCUACCAUGAGAUCCGAGAGAUUCGGCAGUUCCACUUCACCAGCUGGCCGGACCACGGCGUUCCCUGCUACGCCACGGGCCUCCUGGGCUUCGUUCGUCAAGUGAAGUUUCUCAAUCCUCCUGAAGCAGGACCCAUCGUCGUGCACUGCAGUGCUGGGGCAGGGAGAACAGGGUGCUUUAUUGCCAUCGACAUCAUGCUUGACAUGGCCGAGAACGAAGGUGUGGUGGAUAUAUUUAACUGCGUGCGAGAGCUGCGAUCCCAAAGGGUCAAUUUGGUGCAGACAGAGGAGCAGUAUGUAUUUGUCCAUGAUGCCAUUUUGGAGGCAUGUCUCUGUGGCAACACGGCCAUUCCAGUUUGUGAAUUCAGAUCCAUAUAUUACAACAUCAGCAGACUAGAUCCACAGACCAAUUCCAGCCAGAUAAAAGAUGAGUUUCAGACUCUCAAUAUCGUGACACCACGUGUUCGACCAGAAGAUUGCAGCAUCGGUCUUUUGCCAAGGAACCAUGACAAGAACCGCUGCAUGGAUGUGCUGCCCUUGGACCGGUGCCUGCCCUUUCUCAUCUCCGUGGAUGGCGAAUCAAGUAACUACAUCAAUGCUGCACUCAUGGAUAGCCACAAGCAACCUGCUGCCUUUAUUGUAACCCAGCACCCGUUGCCCAACACCAUAGCAGACUUCUGGAGGCUGGUGUUUGAUUAUAACUGCUCCUCUGUCGUGAUGCUGAAUGAGAUGGAUGCAGCGCAGCUCUGCAUGCAGUACUGGCCAGAGAAGACGUCCUGUUGUUAUGGCCCAAUUCAAGUGGAGUUUGUUUCAGCAGACAUUGAUGAAGAUAUCAUCAACCGGAUAUUCCGGAUCUGUAACAUGGCCAGG